AUGGAGGAUGAUUACGAUAACUAUGAUAAAACGUUCAAGCCAAGGACAAAUCCCUAUUUCAAGAGGAUAAAGAACUCAUUACAGUUGAAUUUACAACAAUUAAAUUCCAAUUUCUUAUCAAAUAGUUUAAUUGCUAAAAUUUUGAUCGGUAUUUUCACGAUAUUAUUUUUAUCAUUAUUCACUUCAGUACCAUUUUUACCCCAUUUUAAAUCCACAGGACCUAAAGUGGUGUUGAUAUUAGCCGCCAAUGAAGGUGGUGGGGUGUUAAGAUGGAAAGGACCUCAAGAUUGGUCUAUUGAAAGAUCAUCAAUUGCCAAUAAAAAAAACUAUGCCAAACGUCAUGGUUAUGGAUUAACUAUUAAAGAUAUGACCAUCAAGAAAAGAUACAGUCAUGAAUGGAGAGAAAGUUGGGAGAAAGUUGAUAUCAUGAAGCAAACUAUGAGACAAUUUCCUGAUGCCGAAUGGUUUUGGUGGUUAGAUUUACACACAUAUAUUAUGGAACCUCAUAUUUCCUUAGAAGAACAUUUCUUGAAUAACUUAGAUAAUGAAACUUAUAGAAACUUGGAAGUAUUCAAUCCAUUAGAAUUAACUACUGAUUUACCUUAUGUUGAUUAUACUCAACCUGUUGAUAUGAUUAUAACUCAAGAUUGUGGAGGAUUUAAUUUAGGUUCUUUCUUAAUGAGAAGAUCUAGUUGGUCAGAAAUGUUAUUAGAUGUUUGGUGGGAUCCUGCUAUGUAUGAACAAAUGCAUAUGAAAUGGGAACAUAAAGAACAAGAUGCUUUAGAAACCUUAUUUUCGACAUCACCUUGGAUUAGAGAAAGAGUAGGAUUUUUACCUUUAAGAAAAAUUAAUGCUUUCCCACAAGGUGCUUGUUCUGAUCAAGCUGAUGAUCCACGAUAUUUCUUUCAAAAUCAUGAUUUUGUUAUUAAUAUGGCAGGUUGUGAAUAUGGAAGAGACUGUUGGGGAGAAAUGGAACAUUAUAAAGCAUUAUCCAAAAGAUUACAAAAACCAUGGUACAAGUUUUGGUGA